UUUGGAUGAAUAGCAUUUUCUCGAAUUUGUUAUCUUGCAGUCCAUUUUAGUUAAGUCCUUAUCCUUUACCCUCGUUCUAUCCCGUAAACACUCAUCUUCAUUCUUCUCUGCUGUCGUGCUGCUCUCUCCCUCCUCUCUUUCGAUGUCUCUGCUUGCCCCAAGCCACCUGAAGUCUGUAUUUCUUGGUGGGAAAAUCGACAUUGGUGCGAGCAAUCCUGUUACUCGCGCGGGUUUCUGGAGGAAGAAUGUGGAGUGCAAAGAAUCAAGAAUAGGAAAGCAGCCUAUUGCAGUGCCAGCUAAUGUCGCAAUUGCAAUGGAAGGACAGGAUCUUAAAGUGAAGGGUCCUCUUGGUGAACUUGCAAUUACUUAUCCUCGAGAAGUAAUAGUUGAGAAGCAAGAAUCUGGAUUUCUAAGGGUUAGAAAGGCAGUUGAAACAAGAAGAGCCAAUCAAAUGCAUGGACUUUUCAGGACCCUUACGGACAAUAUGGUUGUGGGUGUCUCUAAGGGAUUUGAGAAAAAGCUUCAGUUGGUUGGUGUUGGGUAUCGUGCGACAGUUGAAGGGAAAGAUCUUGUAUUGAGUCUUGGGUUUUCUCAUCCAGUAAGGAUGGCAGUACCAGAUGAUCUACAGGUAAAGGUGGAAGAAAACACGAAAGUGACUGUUAGUGGACGUGAUAAAUCUGUUGUUGGUCAGUUUGCUGCCUCAAUUAGAAGCUGGAGACCCCCAGAACCAUACAAGGGAAAAGGUGUAAGAUAUGUUGAUGAAGUGGUACGUAGAAAAGAAGGUAAAGCUGGAAAGAAGAAAUGAGACGUUAUCUUUUUUUUUUUUUGGUGGUCUUUUGCGUUGUUUUACUACUAUUAAAUUGAAAAUGUACUGAUCUGACAAAGGAAUGAAUACAAUGGUCAUUUGCUCA